GUGAUGCCAUCGCUAAAAUAGGCACAGGCACAUAUUCAUUGAAAUAGCAAUAACAAGAACGGGCUCACAGCCGUCUUCGCCGUCCGUCUCCGUGUCCGUGACGCAAAAUUGUUACUUUUAUGCUUCUCUCCGCUCCCACACAAGAAGAAGCAGCAGAGUGCGUAGCAUAUCCAGGAUGAGUGUUUUACCGUUUGUGCGCGGCGUUGACUUUACUAAAAAUGAUUUCAGCAAAACAUUCCCCAGCUCCAUGCGGCAAAUGUCCCGCGUCCAGUGGCUGAGACUGGACCACACACAACUACAGCAAAUACCCGAGGAGCUGGGCCAUUUACAAAAGCUCGAGCAUCUCUCACUCAAUCACAACCAGUUGGAGAAGCUCUUCGGUGAACUAACGGAACUGCCAUGCCUGCGCUCGUUAUAUCUGCGCCACAAUCAACUAAAGAACAGCGGCAUACCACCCGAAUUGUUCCAAUUGGAGGAGUUGACCACGCUGGAUCUGUCGCACAAUCGCCUUAAGGAGGUGCCCGAGGGCCUGGAACGUGCCAAGAAUUUAAUUGUGCUUAACCUAAGCUUCAAUCAAAUCGAGAGCAUACCCACAGCGCUGUUCAUACAUUUGACGGAUUUGCUCUUUCUCGAUUUAUCACACAAUCGCCUGGAGACGCUGCCGCCUCAAACACGACGUUUAAUCAAUCUGAAAACGCUGGAUCUGUCCAACAAUCCGCUAGAGCUAUUUCAACUGCGCCAGUUGCCCUCGCUGCAGAGCCUCGAGGUGCUCAACAUGAGCUGCACGCAGCGAACGCUGCUCAACUUUCCCACCAGCAUCGACAGUCUGGCCAACCUGGUCGAGCUGGAUCUAUCGCACAAUGCACUGCCCAAGCUGCCCGACUGCGUGUACAAUGUGGCCACGUUAGUGCGCCUCAAUCUCAGUGACAAUGAGAUUAACGAGCUCAGCUCCAGCCUGGAGCAGUGGCAGCGUCUCGAGUCGUUGAAUUUAUCGCGCAAUCAACUGACCGUCCUGCCCGCUGCUCUCUGCAAGCUGUCGCGGCUGCGUCGCCUGUUUGUCAACGACAACAAGCUCAACUUCCAGGGCAUCCCGUCGGGCAUCGGUAAGCUGGGCGCACUCGAGUGCUUCUCGGCGGCCAACAAUCUGCUCGAGAUGGUGCCCGAAGGUCUGUGCCGGUGCGGAGCUCUUAAGCAGCUCAAUUUGAGCAGCAAUCGGCUGAUUACACUGCCCGAUGCCAUUCAUCUGCUGGAGGGCCUGGAUCAGCUGGAUCUGCGCCACAACCCGGAGUUGGUGAUGCCGCCAAAGCCCAGUGAGGCCAGCAACGCGACUAGCCUGGAGUUCUACAAUAUAGACUUCUCACUACAGACGCAACUACGUUUGGCCGGUGCCGCAGUGCCGCCCUCCAUACCGGCCGCACCGACGCCGAAGGAUGCGACGGCGCGCAAAAUACGUUUGCGUCGCGGGCCGCGUGUGGAGGGUCAGGAUGGCGGCCAGGAUGCCGCCAAGGUGCUGAAGGGCAUGAAGGAUGUGGCCAAGGAUAAGGACAAGGAGGACGGUGAUAUGAUGACAACAGAGUCGUUGAAGCCCAAACGGUGGGACGAAUCGCUGGAGAAGCCCCAGUUGGACUACUCCAAAUUCUUUGAGAAGGAGGACGGCCAGCAACCGGGUCUAACCAUCUGGGAGAUUGAGAACUUCCUGCCCAACAAAAUCGAUGAAGUGGUGCAUGGUAAAUUCUACGAGGGCGACUGCUACAUCGUGCUCAAGACCAAGUUCGAUGAGCUGCACACGCUCAACUGGGAGAUCUACUUCUGGAUUGGCAAUGAGGCAACGCUGGAUAAGCGCGCCUGCGCCGCCAUCCAUGCGGUCAACUUGCGCAACUAUCUGGGCGCUCGCUGUCGCACGAUACGCGAGGAGCAGGGCGACGAGUCCGAUGAGUUCUUGGCCCUGUUCGAGACGGAGGUCAUUUACAUUGAAGGCGGACGCACUGCGACCGGUUUCUAUACGAUCGAGGAGAUGAUACACAUAACACGGCUGUAUCUGGUGCAUGCGUAUGGAGCCAGUAUACAUUUGGAGCCGAUGGCCGUGGUGGUGCAGUCGCUGGAUCCGCGGCACGCCUUCGUCUUGGAUUUGGGCACACGCAUACAUAUCUGGUUAGGCAAGCGUUCCAAGAACACGCUCAAUUCCAAGGCACGCCUCAUGGCCGAGAAGAUCAACAAGACGGAGCGCAAGAACAAGUGCGACAUUCUGGUCGAUAUGCAGGGAGCAGAAAGUCCCGAGUUCUGGGAGGCAUUCGAUAUAUUGCCCGAGGAGGCGGCCCAGCUGCCGCCGCCUAAAGAGCACAUCGAUGAGAACUAUAUGCCAGUGCAGCCGCGCCUCUACCAGGUGCAGCUGGGCAUGGGCUACCUGGAGCUGCCGCAGGUGGAGCUGCCCGAGCAGAAGCUCAGUCACACGCUGCUCAACAGCAAGCACGUCUACAUCCUCGACUGCUAUACGGAUCUGUUUGUCUGGUUUGGCAAGAAGUCGACUCGCCUGGUGCGCGCCGCCGCAGUCAAGCUGAGCCGCGAGCUAUUCAAUAUGCUCGAACGGCCAGACUGUGCGCUGGUCAUGCGCGUGCCGGAGGGCAAUGAGAUGCAAAUCUUUCGCACCAAAUUUCCGGGCUGGGAUGAGGUUAUGGCUGUUGACUUUACGCGCACUGCCAAAUCGGUGGCCAAAACGGGCGCCAAUUUGACGCAAUGGGCGCGUCAACAGGAGACGCGCACAGAUUUGGCGGCGUUGUUCAUGCCACGACAGAGUGCCAUGCCGCUGGCCGAGGCGGAACAGCUGGAGGAAGAGUGGAACUACGAUCUCGAGAUGAUGGAGGCCUUUGUGCUCGAGAACAAAAAGUUUGUCCGGCUGCCCGAGGAGGAGCUUGGCCAUUUCUAUACGGGCGAGUGCUAUGUCUUUCUAUGCCGCUACUGCAUACCUGUUGACGAUGGCGAUGCUGGCGAGGGUGGCGUCGAGGCCAACGGAGAUGACAGCAAAUCGGCGCCGCCCGAGGACGAAAUCGAGUGCGUUGUCUACUUCUGGCAGGGUCGCAAUGCCGGCAACAUGGGCUGGCUUACAUUUACGUUUACCCUGCAAAAGAAGUUCAAGGCAAUGUUCGGUGAGGAGCUGGAGGUGAUGCGCAUCUUUCAGCAGCAAGAGAACCUUAAAUUCAUGUCGCACUUCAAGCGCAAGUUCAUCAUACAUACGGGCAAGCGUAAGGACAAGGCGCUCACGCCCGAUGGCAAGCCAGCCGUGCAGUUCUUCCAUUUGCGUUCCAAUGGCGGUGCGUUGACCACACGGCUCAUACAAAUCCAGCCGGAUGCAGUGCACCUGAACUCGGCCUUCUGCUAUAUUCUACAUGUGCCAUUCGAAACGGAGGACGAGCCGCAGUCGGGCAUUGUGUACGUUUGGCUGGGCAGCAAAGCAUGCAACGAGGAGUCCAAGCUGGUGCAGGAUAUAGCCGAACAGAUGUUCAACAGUCCGUGGGUGAGCCUGCAGAUACUCAACGAAGGCGACGAACCGGAAAACUUUUUCUGGGUGGCGCUGGGUGGCCGCAAGCCAUACGAUACGAAUGCGGAGUAUAUGAACUACACACGACUGUUUCGCUGUUCCAAUGAGCGGGGCUACUAUACGGUGGCCGAGAAGUGCGCGGACUUCUGCCAGGACGAUCUGGCCGACGACGAUAUUAUGAUACUCGAUAAUGGUGAGCACGUCUUCCUUUGGAUGGGGCCGCGUUGCAGUGAGGUAGAGGUGAAGUUGGCCUACAAAUCGGCCCAGGUCUACAUACAACACAUGCGCAUUAAGCAGCCGGAACGGCCGCGAAAACUGUUCCUCACCAUGAAGAACAAGGAGUCGAGACGAUUCACAAAGUGCUUCCACGGCUGGAGCGCUUUUAAGGUGUACAUUUAAAAACGCCGUGCGGUGCCGUGACAGAGUAGCCGCCGGACAUGACAAUUUUCGACUGCAAUAUACACACACCCACACACACACAUAUAUAUACAUGCAUACACACGACACAUAAUCGCCAGCAAAUGUUUGUACUUUUAUAAUGUAUUUAAUUGUUUAUUAUUAUUUUUUAUUUAGAGCCGUUGUUUAUUUUUUUUAUAUAUUUCGCCGCCCAAUUAAUUAAUUAACUUACCACUCGCCCCUGUCUACGCAAAGUAUUCUUUUUAUCUUGAGAUAUGUUUACAUAGCUUUUGUAUGUACUACUUAUAUAUUAUACAUAUUUAUAUGCUGAGCCGGCGAAGUUUUUGUGCUAGUCUUUGAAGGUGUUAUCCUCAGAAAUCGAAAUGUUACGAAACGAAAUCCAAACAAUUGCUAAUUUGCACAAUGUCUUGCUGCCUGCAAAAAUUCGCCAACUAAUUGUACAAAAUCAUAUUUAUUGCAAUUAACCAAUUAUACAAAGGAAAGUGAAUAAAAA